AAGCAACAAGACCCUGCUCAUUAUUUCUCACGCACGCCAAAAACCCACAGAAACAAACGGAGGCAUGUCAACCCUGAAGGAGAUCCUAACCCGGCGGCCAGUGGCAGCCACCAUCAGGCUGACGGUGCCAGCGGGAGGAGCACGACCCGCGCCACCAGUGGGUCCUGCCCUGGGGCAGUACCGUCUGAAUCUGAUGGCCUUCUGCAAGGACUUCAACGCCCGAACCCAAAAGUACAAGCCCGACACUCCUAUGGCCGUCACCAUAACCGCCUUCAAAGACAACACCUUCGAGUUCAUAGUGAAGUCUCCCUCCGUGACAUGGUACCUGAAGAAGGCAGCGGGCAUCGAGUCCGGUAGCAGCCGCCCAGGUCACGUGAUCGCCACUACGUUGUCCGUCAGACAUAUUUACGAGAUUGCCAAGAUUAAGCAAUCGGAUCCUUAUUGUCAAUACAUGUCCCUUGAGAGUAUUUGUAAGUCCAUUAUUGGGACGGCUAAUACAAUGGGGAUUAAGGUGGUCAAUGAGUUGGAUUAGUUUGUUCAUUUCACGAACAUGUAAUGGUCUUCUUCAAACUCUUGUUACUGCAUUUGUUCUCCACCGUGUUCGAAACAUUGUCUGUGUGGGAAGUUGUUUCAUUGUCUUUGAGACCUUUGACAUGUAUUUGUUGGAUGAUUUCUGGAACUUUCAAAGAUUAUUUCAAUUCAAUGCUUCA